AGAAUCUGCCUUAUGCAAAGCUCCUAUCACACUGCCUGUUCUGGAAGUACAUAUUUUGUGUCUUCCUUCAGAGCUGCUUUGCCCAAUGACUUUCUCAUUUUGACAUAAUUCCAAUCUUGUCCUGUUUUCUCUCCUUUCUCCGAGUGUGUGUUUGCUGUGUGACAGGAUGUGAACGCUCUGGGAGACAUCUCGGUGGCACAGUGAUUAAGCACUCAACUGUGAACCCCAAGGCUGGCAGUUUGAGCCUAUCUGCCGGAGAAAGAUGACGCAGCCUGCAUCCGUAGAUUUACAGAAUCCACUCGGUGGCAGUGAGUUUUCGGAAUGGCUGACCCUUGGCAGGAAUGCAUGGAUUAUGCAGUGGCCCUAGCAAGACAAGCCGGAGAGGUGGUUUGUGACGCUCUGAAAAAGGAAAUGAAUGUCAUGAUUAAAAGUUCCCCAGCUGAUUUGGUAACGGCGACAGACCAAAAAGUUGAAAAAAUGCUUUUCUCUGCCAUAAAAGAAAAAUACCCAUCUCACAGUUUCAUUGGCGAAGAGUCCGUGGCAGCUGGAGAGAAAAGUACUUUAACGGACAACCCUACGUGGAUCAUUGAUCCUAUUGAUGGGACCACUAACUUUGUGCAUAGAUUUCCAUUUGUAGCUGUUUCUAUUGGCUUUGUUGUAAAUAAGAAGAUGGAGUUUGGAGUGGUGUACAGUUGCGUGGAGGACAAGAUGUACACUGGCAGGAAAGGAAAAGGUGCCUUCUGUAAUGGCCUGCGACUACAGGUUUCCCAACAAGCAGAUAUCACCAAAUCGCUCUUGGUGACCGAGUUUGGCUCCUCCAGAACACCAGAGACUGUCAGAGUUAUCCUUUCAAACAUAGAAAAGCUACUCGGUCUCCCUGUUCAUGGGAUCCGAGGUGUUGGCACAGCAGCUGUUAAUAUGUGCCUUGUGGCCACGGGAGGAGCAGAUGCAUACUACGAGAUGGGAAUUCACUGCUGGGAUAUGGCAGGAGCCGGCAUUAUUGUUACUGAAGCUGGUGGCGUGCUGCUGGAUGUAACAGGUGGGCCGUUUGACUUGAUGUCACGAAGAAUAAUUGCUGCAUGUAACAGAACAAUAGCUGAAAGGCUAGCCAAAGAACUUCAGAUCAUACCGUUUCAAAGAGACGACGAAGAUUAAUUCCAACAUUUUCAACAUACCCGGCUGCUGUUGCUUGUCUCCAAAUUUUCUACACAUUGAUGAGUUACAAAAUUGAGGGCAUAUGUUGUACAUGUACAAUACAUUAUUUAAAUGGCUUUUGAUGUCUAACAAAUUGGAAAAUGUUCCAUAUUUUACUGAGACUAGGUAUUUAAGAGCAGAUGAAAUAAUCCGUUUCAUUGUUUCCAAAAGUUUUGUGUGGAAAAUAUCAAGGCUGGAGAGUUAAUGGGUAGGCUUCACUCCGUGUCAUAGCCAGUUAGCAAUUUUGAGUUACUAAGUAAAUAUGUUUUCCUGAACUAGUGACUAUUAUUUAGAUUAGUGACUAUUAGUAGCCCUCUUAGAAAAUAAACUUUACUGGGGGAAAGCGUUCUUCCACUUCCCAAAGCCCGUCUGUGUUUGGGGCGGCGUGAUGAGCCCCUCCCCGAGGAAGGCUGCGGGUUUGCAGGGAGCCUUCUCUGCGCCCCUCGUCGUGGUGCAACCGCACCGAGCACUGCGCCUGCGCAGCAGCAGUCUCCGCAAACAAGCAGUUUUGAAAAAGUGACUAUGGAAGGCCGCAGUUGCUAGGAAUAACACUCAUAAAGUAAUGAGCUCGCCGUUCUGUAUUUUAGCUUCAGAUUUCGAAGGGAAAAUGUCGCGGGUGUCCUUUUAAACAUUUCACAUACCAUUUCCAUUGGCCUUUCACGUGGUCAUUCCACUUCAAGUCACCGUACCUCCAAGUUUGCUUGCUUGUGGACGUGUCUUCAAUUAGCAGGGUGUCAGAACAGUGCAUUUCAGUAUUACUAUUUUUUAUUCACUUUAAGGUGAGAGAGCUCAAAUGACAUUAUAGAAACGUCCUUUUCAGGUAUCCCAUGUAAUUAGAUACAAUAUGUUAUUUUACUAACAUCCCAAUUUACUGACAGACCAAUUUGGCUGCGUGUAGGAAACCCAAACUUCGGCAAAUGCACUAUGCUAAUAUUGAGCUAUGUGGUGUUGUCCCAAACUCCUCUUUAACUUUGCUUCUAGUGAGGUUUAUUCAACCUUUAGGUAUUCCUUACACGUCUUUGGCUUCUCAGAUUUGAAAAGAAAAUUGUACCAGUCAAUCGAUGUUUUUAAAGGACUCCCUUAUUGUUUAGCCUUGUCUCUUGACACGAGAACAGACUAAAACCUCAUGUGGGCCUGGGGUUUGAUAACAAGAACGUACCAUGAGCUUCGUAAGGGUUAAGGUCCGGGUGGUUUCAUUGCCAUAUUUAUCCAAUACAUUAAAUAUGAAGACAGAUGAUAAUUCUAAAUCUGUACAGUUGGUUGUGUGUACUUAAAAUAUCUCAGCAUUGUUUUUUAAGACGGUUGUACAAUUUCUGAGAGUUGUGAAUUAAACUUUAAAUUAAAAUGUAAUUGGUAUUUAA